AAAACAAUUCCUCCUCUCUCUAGCCUUUAAUCCCUUUCUUUCUGGGACAAUACUCUCUAGGGCUUGGAUUGCUGCACCAGAAGACAACGUUCUCUUUUUCUCCUGUCUCUGUCUCUAUCUGUAUCUGUCGUGGCUCUAGGGCUUGAAUUGAAGAAGAAGAGCACAACAGCAUUAGGGCUUCUGCCAAUCUUUCCUCUCCAUUUCUUCAAAUCUGCAGCAGGAAUCAAAAUUGGAGCCUCACAAAUCUCCAUGUCAAGCCCUUGCCACUCAAGUUAGGCCUCAAAGGAUGAAGACAUAUCUAGUUGGAUUUCCUAAGUUUAUGAGGUGAGUGAUAUUUUCAUCUGUUUGGAGGCUUUUUACUAUCUGCUUAUCUACCCUAAUGGAGAAGUCCUAGGGAGCUCUCUAUGAUCAGCUCAUGGCAUGAGAAUCUGAGCGGAGCUGUAAAGAAAGCCCUAGCAACGAGCCCUGUGGAUCCAGGUAAAUCUCACCCAUCCUGGAGAUAUGCAGAAAAGUGGGAGUCUUUCCAAGAAUAGUGGCUCUUUAAGACUGGCAUCCCAGCAGUCUCUUCGUCGCAUGGGCUUGUGUUCUCAAAUUGCAACAGGGCAGCAUUCUUCCCCAAUUGUCUUUCCAGAGAAACGCAGCAAGGUGAAGGCUUCAAAGCGGAGUGAGAUCAGUUUCCCCAGUGAUAAUCCAGAGAAAGUAAAGAGGGAGGAGCACAGAAUUGAGGUGGGAGAUGAACAGUCUGAUCUGUUGGGUGUUGAAGUAUUUUCAGGAAAACUGGUUUUGGACAAGAGAAAGACCAGUAAAAGUACUGAUGUUCAAACUUCAACUGAAGUUACAAAUCAAGAAGCUGUUGAUGCUAAACUUACAAGCAAGGCGUUAGUUUGGGGUUCUCAUAUCUUGUGUUUGGAGGAUGUGAUUUCAGUAUCGUACAGCUCUGGUCUCAGACAUUUUACUGUGCAUUCAUACCCAAUAAAUAAGGCUUCAUGUGGCCUUUCUUGUUUUAUGAAGACUCGAAGAAGUCGGAAAGACUACCGCUUCCUGGCUUCGAGCUUGGAAGAAGCACUUCAGUGGGUUAGUGGGUUUGCAGAUCAGCAAUGUUUUGUAAAUUGUUUGCCUCAUCCUCUGGUUUCUUCAAAAAAACAGGCUUCAGAUUUAGUUGCAAUUGAUUCUCAUCCUGAGUCUCAUAUAAAAUGCAAAAGUCCACCAAAAGUGCUUGUGAUAUUAAAUCCCCGGUCUGGACGUGGUCGAUCAAGUAAAGUUUUCGAAGGCAUGGUGGAACCCAUAUUUAAGCUUGCAGGGUUUAAGAUGGAGGUAGUCAAAACAUCUUCUGCUGGCCAUGCUAAAGAGCUUGCAUCCAGUGUAGACUUCAGCACAUGUCCUGAUGGAAUUAUAUGCAUUGGAGGUGAUGGAAUUGUCAAUGAGGUUCUGAAUGGUCUACUUAGUAGAGGCAACCAGAAAGAGGCAAUUUCAAUUCCUAUUGGAAUUAUACCUGCUGGCUCUGAUAAUUCACUAGUUUGGACUGUUCUGGGAGUUAGAGAUCCAGUUUCUGCUGCAUUAGCUAUUGUGAAGGGGGGGCUUACUGCUACUGAUGUUUUUGCGGUUGAAUGGAUUCAAACUGGGAUGAUUCACUUUGGGAUGACUGUAUCAUACUUUGGUUUUGUUAGUGAUGUUUUGGAACUUUCGGAAAAAUAUCAGAAGCGCUUUGGUCCUCUGCGAUAUUUUGUUGCUGGCUUCCUCAAGUUUCUAUGCUUACCAAAGUACAGCUAUGAAGUGGAAUAUCUUCCAGCCUCAAAAGAGGCAUCUGAAGGAAAAGCUUCAGCUGAGAGGGAAAUAGUUGACAUGUCAGACCUGUACACGGACAUUAUGAGGAGAUCAAACACAGAUGGCAUUCCCAGAGCUUCCAGUCUAUCAAGCAUCGACUCAAUAAUGACCCCCAGUCGUAUGUCUGGAGGAGACCUGGAUACAACCUGCAGUAGCACACAUGCUAGCACUGAGCCAUCCGAGUAUGUGCGUGGUCUGGAUCCAAAAUCAAAACGCCUAUCAUCCGGGAGAAGCAAUGUAAUGGCAGAGCCAGAAGUUAUUCAUCCCCAACUACCACUGUCAGCUACUCCAAAUUGGCCAAGGACCAGAUCAAAAUCAAGAACAGAUAAAGGGUGGACUGGAUUGACAGCCACACAUGAUUCCACUAGAAGUUCUUGGGGAAAUGCAGCAACAAACGAUAAGGAGGAUAUUUCAUCAACAAUGUCUGAUCCUGGUCCAAUUUGGGAUGCUGAACCAAAGUGGGACACUGAGCCUAACUGGAGUGUGGAACAUCCAAUUGAAUUGCCUGGGCCAUCAGAGGACAUCGAAGCAGGAGUAAAGAAGGAGGUUGUUCCUCGAUAUGAAGACAAAUGGGUGGUUACAAAGGGACACUUUCUUGGUGUCUUGGUUUGCAACCAUUCUUGCAAAACUGUUCAAAGUUUGAGUUCUCAGGUCGUGGCCCCAAAAGCUGAGUAUGAUGACAACACCUUAGAUUUGCUGUUAGUUCAUGGGAGUGGACGUCUGAGACUGUUGAGAUUUUUCUUGCUUCUUCAAUUCGGUCGACACCUUUCACUGCCAUAUGUUGAGUAUGUCAAGGUUAAAUCAGUGAAGAUUAAGCCUGGAAAGCACACCCACAAUGGUUGUGGGAUUGAUGGAGAACUGCUUCCAACCAAUGGGCAAGUCAUCUCUUCUUUGCUUCCAGAACAAUGCAGACUCAUUGGUCGCGCCCCCAACCGUCACAUGUAAUUUGAAAUUUUUACUGUGCCCCUUUCUCCUCUACUUGUGAUUGUUGAAAGGCACAUGAAGCAUAUCCAUAUACUGAAAAACUUUGAGAAUACCAUCUGCGGUUUCCAAUUGCACCAUUAUUACAUAUGUAUGGAGGUCUGUAAAUGCUUUACUGUUUCUUCUUGUGUUAUUGUUUCCUUCCCUCUCGUCGUCCACCCUGUCUUCCUUGUUUGCUCCUGGGUGAAAUCUUGCUCCUCUAUGUAUUGGGAAAUAUUUGAUAUUAUACCCUCUGACCAUCUUCAAAUUACUCUCUGGGGAUAUAUUUGUCUUGUAAAGCACUGGGUUUCUAUUCUCUAAUAUUGCUUUGGUUUUGAAUUCAA